AUGUCUUCACACAACCUUUACCCGGAGUACCUCAUUGUCAAGAAGGUUAGACCGGCUUACUGGAGAGCAACCUUUAAUAAUGGUCCUCUUAAUCUCUUUGGACCUGAGACAUACAUCGCCCUCAAACAGCUCGUCAAUGACCUCGAGAAUUCCAAAGAAGUCCGCGUCGUUGUUUUCGAUUCCUCGAGCCCCGACUUCUUCAUUGCCCGUUAUGAUAUGGCUCGAGCCAUGGAAGAACCUGAAGGCCCCGGUACUGGCGUUAUAUCCACCUGGGGCGAAUUCGCUCUGCGAAUUGUCAACCUCCCCAUCGUGACCAUCGCCGCUAUUAGGGGAUGA